AUGGGCGUGGUGGUUCAUUUGUGGGGUCUGGAUGGUAAGCCAAGCAUCAUUUCACCGGAGAGCGUAGCUUUGUUCUGGUUGUUGAACGACAUUAAAACGAAUUCAGAAAUAACAGUUGUGUUCUCUAACAACACUGAUUUGUCACCUAAUCAAGAACUUCCGAUACUUAUAAAUGGUUCCAAAACAAUAUGUGGGUUUUCGAGCAUUGUUUCAACUCUGUGUCCUUCUAACUCGGCACUGGAAAGUGCAUUGCUGCAAUUUGCUCAGGACCAAAUUGGAGCUCUAACGCAGUACCAGCUGUACCUGAAUAGGAACAAUUACGAUGGUUUCACCCGAAAGAUAUUUGCGUGUCUUUUAGAAUGGCCUCUGUGGUACAAUACACCUUUGAAAAACAGGAGUCUUGCUCGCCAGCGCUGCGAGACGCUUGGAUACUUCUCGCAUCCCGAUGACCAGGACCAUGUGGAUUUCAACGUAGACCAGGUGGACGACCUGGUGCAGUCAAAGGCAUACAAACUCACCAAGGCUUCGAAAGCACGCAAGGAGGAGUUGCUCAAAUCUGCGCGCUUCAAUUUACAAUUCAUGAAUCGUUUGAGCGACCAGCUUCAGAGCUGGCUGGAGGCUCGCGACAAACUAGAGGCUCGCGACCAAGUAGAGCCCCGCGAUCAACUCUUGGCCGCAGACUACUUAGUGUGGGCAAAUCUAUUCAUACAGCUGGAGCUUCCGGACGGCGAACUGGUGCGCGAGCAUCUAAACAGGACUCUAGGAAAAGAGCGGUUUCAAGAGGUCGUCGAGCGCUGUAAGAAACUGUCAGAAGCCGGUUCGCAGCUAGAACAACGAGAACCCUCAUUCACCGAGCGCGGAAACGCCGCGAUGAGUGUGUACUACGCUCUGAGGAGAAUGGUGGCCUUGUAG